UCGAACUGUCCAGUGCUUCUUGUUUCUUCCUUCGUUAUUAAAACCAGAAUUUAUUUAUUUUUUUUCCUUCUUACAGAUCAAAGAGAGAACAAGAAAGAAAUAAAAAAAGAAAGAGAAAUGAACAGAAAUGUUGGAAGUGGAAGAGGUAUAACAAGAGGGAUGAUACCAUUGUUAGCUCUUCAUGCUGUGAAUGAAUAUUACAGAUUACCAAUUAAACCUCCUGUUACUGCUGGAUUAAUAGUAGCUAAUACUCUAAUCUACCUAAGACCUGGUAUUCUUCAUACACUUCUUCCAUCUAUUGAUCAAGUCUGGUUCAAUCCUCGCCUCAUCGUAAGAGACAGGGACCUUAAGCGUUUUUUCUUGUCAGCAUUUUACCACUUGGGUGAGUCGCACCUUGUUUUCAACAUGAUGUCACUCCUGUGGAAGGGGAUCCAGUUGGAAACUUCAAUGGGGAGCAUUGAGUUUGCAUCAAUGGUUGCUGCACUACUUGCAAUGUCCCAAGGAACCACGCUACUUCUUGCCAAAACUCUUUUUCUAUUUGAUUAUGAACAAGCUUUCAAGAAUGAAUACUCGGUGGGGUUUUCAGGAGUCCUCUUUGCAAUGAAAGUUGUCCUCAAUUCCCAAUCAGAUAACUACACUAAUGUGUAUGGACUCAUGGUACCUGCAGGCCAUGCAGCAUGGGCGGAACUGAUCCUUAUACAGAUGUUUGUGCCAAAUGUGUCAUUCUUGGGUCACCUUGGGGGAAUACUUGCAGGGAUUAUCUAUCUUCGAUUGAAACGUUCAUAUUAAGGUCCAGAUCCGCUUACUACAGUUAUAAGAGGUGCUAUGGGUAUAUUGAGCUGGCCACUUAAGUUUGCCCGUAAUUUGUUUAGAUUACGUCGAUGCCGUAUUUCUGGCAGAGGACGGGUUGGUGGUGGUGGGAGUCGGACAGGGAGGAAUGUUACUGGUGCUUCAUGGAGAUGUCCAGCUUGCACUUACGAUAAUUUUGACAGGUUAAAUGUUUGCGAGAUGUGUGGCAGUGGAAGAACAGAUAACAACAGUAACAGUGUAGCAUCUUCUACUCAGUCAUCGUCAAAUAGGUCUCGCGGGGGAAACCUCUCUUUAGAAGAACUAAGGGUCCGGAGAAUUGAAAGAUUUGGUAGAUGAUGAUUUUGACGUCAUCUGAUGGGAUGGUGGACAUAUUCCUUGUCCUUGAUAACUAAAUCUAUGCUAUUUUAGCUUUGGGUUCAAUGUCCCUAUUGUCUAGAUGGAGGUGGACAGAUGGCAAGAUCAUGGAACAAUGUAAUGGUGGGUUUGGAUGUAGAAUUUUAAAGGUGACUUAUAGGUCCAUGGAUUUUGUGGAAUUACGUUUCCUCGGUACGUUUGGUUGCUCAAAUUCCUGUAAUCAUGUUUCUCACGGGAAUCAGUUUUCCAACAAAUCCUUCAUAUGGAGUCCGACCCUCCCUACGAUUUGCUGGGAAACUUAUCAAGUGAUUUAUGAACCCAUUUAUUUUAACUUUAACUCGUAUAUGUAUGCAAUUUGAAGAUUCUAAGGGUAAUAUCAAACAGUAUAUGGAUUUUAAACCAA